GAUUUGAUGUUGUUUAUGCUUUCUUCUUUGGUCUCUCCCCUUUCUAUUUUUCAAGAUCUCACUUCACUUGGCGCUUGCUCCUAAGUCCUGCCAUUCAUUUCCUUUGUUUAUUUGGUUUUUGGUAUAAUAGUAACGUUUUUUUAAGAGUAUAAUGGGUGAACAAUUGAGGGUACUAAAAGUGAUUGUUGUACAAGGGAAAAAACUAGUGAUAAGGGAUUUCAAGAGCAGUGAUCCAUAUGUUGUGCUCAAGCUGGGGAAUCAGACAGUAAAGACCAGGGUCAUUAAUUGCUGCUUGAAUCCUGUUUGGAAUGAAGAGCUUAGUUUUACUCUGACAGAACCUUUGGGAGUUCUGAGUUUGGAGGUAUUUGAUAAAGAUCUUUUGAAGGCUGAUGACAAGAUGGGAAAUGCUUUCCUGAACCUUCAACCACUAUUAUCUGCAGCUAGAUUAAGAGAUAUUUUAAGGGUCUCCUCUGGUGAGACAACAUUGAGGAAAGUCAUACCUGAUACUGAAAACUGUCUUGUCCGUGAAAGCAGUAUCAAUUGUGUUAAUGGUGAAGUGGUACAAAAUGUUUGGUUAAGGCUUCUUGGAGUUGAAUCUGGGGAACUAGAAUUGAUCAUCAAGUUGAGUUGAUCAAUUUUCCUGCUAAUUCCUCAUUAUGGUACAUAAAUUGCAAUUGUCCUUACUCCUUAGGGUAGAUCUUCGAUUUUACUUUUUUUAUAUUUCUAUUGAUUUACUCCUCGUAGAUGCAUAUUUCAUGGUGAUUUAGUAGCUAGUUGGUGAUGCUUGAUCUCAAAGCCACUUAAGCUGCAUUUUCAAAUGAAAAUGUUCUGAAUU